AUGUCUGCGCCUGCUGUUCCACCCACCUCCUCCGUGCUAUCUCCUUCUACCGCUUUUCCCGAGCCUCCACCUGUGGUUGGCCGUGGUUCUCGACGUUCGUCCCGCCGGGUGGCUUCGUCGUCCUCCGGUCCGUCGCUCCCCGCCCGUCUGGAUGCCGUGACGGCCGACUUGCUUGUAUCCGACGAGGUCCCCCACCUUGUGCCGGAAGCUGCCGCGACCGAUCAACUCGCGGCUGAAAUCAACGCUGCGCUUUUCAGCCUCCGCCCUUCUGCUGAAAUAGUGGACUCUAUUGCUACCUGUCUGCAGGCCGGUCCCGAGCGGGUGGGGGCUCGAACUAUCCUUCGUACAGUAACUCGUCUGCUAGCUGCCCGUCUGCCUCCCUCUGGAUCUGCCGCGGCGGACCCCAACCCUCCGCGCUCUGGGUUUGGCACGGUGUGCCAUUUCGAUCUCCCUGCAGCCCUCUGCGCCCGUCAUCUCGAGGGUCUCGACGGCCGUGUCAUUCCCUCGUCUAGCUUGCUCGAUACGGUCACUAGCAACGGUUCUGCGGAGCAUUUGGUAGCCACCAUUGCGACACUCGAGCUCAACCUUUCCGUCCUCGGGGACACCACUCCCUCGCAUUCUCCUGAGGUUACUCCCCAAAGUCUCCUGGCUGCCUCCAGGGCCUCUACCUCCUUGGCGGGCAAACCAAACUUCCGUCCGUCGGCCUUCGUUCCGUCACUCGUGAGAUGGUGCAUCCUUGCCCUUUUGACCACCAACCUGCCUUUGGCCGCGGUCCUAGGUCACCUGGUAUGGUGUUCCAAGUAUGUGGAGCUCCAUGGUCCCUACACCGCGGCUCUCUACGACCAGCUCCACCGUUCUGCGGUUGCCGCAUCACUUCGUGCAGGAUCUUCGGUAACUGGAGCCGAGUUGGGCACUUGUGACUCUAUGCUGGUGAUUGACUGCCGCUCGCAGAUGGACCGUGCCCUGCGAGCUCGGGGUCCUCCCUCCUCAAGUGGUCCCUCUCGGCAACAGCAGGGCUUCCGUCCUCGCCGGGCGGCUCCCUAUCCCUCCCCACCAAGCGUUCCGUCCUCUUCUCCUCCCGCUCCGAAGCCUUCGCCGUCCGGCCCAGCCUCUUCCCGUUCGUCUGCUUCUGGGCAUCCAAAGUGA